GGAGACAGAAGAAGAGAAGAAAAAACAAACCGUGGCCAAGUAUGAGAGAGGAGGAGCAGUCCAAUGAUGACCACCCUGAGGGAGAGGUGGUUUCCAGUGCGGAGAACACAGGAAGACCACCUUCUAACGCCUGUCCCGUCGUCGUAGCAACGCCGGGGAUCACCGGGCAUAAACGGCAGACGGGCUCACACACAGAGGAUCACAUUACCACAGUUAUCGCCACUACGUCGUUGGAUGAUGGCAAGGUCAAGCCAGGGGAGGACAACCAGAUCUUCACGCCAGCUGGAACCAAAAGACUCAAGAAGAGUCCUCAGCAUCGACCUCCUUCCUCAGACCCUUCUCUUUCUCCCGGCCCCGGUCCUAGUCCAGGGGAUCUCUCAGGCCUCGAGGACCCACAUGGACAAAGGGUGAUCGCCAACAUCAGGGAACGCCAGAGGACGCAAUCUCUGAACGACGCCUUCGCCUCGUUGCGUAAGAUAAUCCCAACGCUCCCCUCUGACAAACUGAGCAAGAUCCAGACCCUUAAACUAGCAUCGCGCUACAUUGACUUUCUGUACCAGGUUCUGCAGAGCGACGAGAUGGACUCUAAGCUGACUGGGUGUAACUACCUGGCCCACGAAAGACUGAGCUACGCCUUCUCGGUUUGGAGGAUGGAGGGAGCCUGGUCGACCAUGUCUGCUGGUCACUAACCCUGCCGGAAAGCACAAUUUGUCUUUUGACUCUUGCCAUUAAAUGUAUGAUAAAUUCUUCUUGACAGGGAAAUAUUGUUACUUGAUGUGGAGGGCUGACUCAUAGUAUUUUAACACCUCAGCUUACAUCAUCUGUUUACCUCAGUGAUGAUGGAAAGACUGCGUGACUCUAGACGAGAGGAGAGUCCAGUAGUUUUAUGUGAGCGUUUGGAUUUAGCUGAUUUUUAAAC